AUGGUAGACCUCACAAUUGGGCAAGUUGCGGCCAUUAUUGCUUUCUGCAUCGUCAUUGCUCGCGCUUGGUGUCCGACAAUUGGAACCUUUAUUCUUGCCGGACAGCUUCGCGAUCGCGAAACGGCAGCUACAUGGACCGUUGCAGCAAAACAUCUUCAAAGCUCUUACUGGCCACUUGUGCUUCGGUCUGAUGCAAUCAGAGACCACGGAGUUCGCAAGCCCGUCGUAUUAAUCUCGCUACUACUGCCACUUCUCAGCUUCCUGAUUGCCAUAGUCGGAGUAGUAACACCUCUCGGUCUCUAUGAGUCCAACGAAUUAAGGUCCAAAGCUGUCAAAGCUGACUUUGAAUACAUGCGGGACUCAAGCACCUUCUAUACUAGCAUGACAAUGCGCGAUGAUAAACCCUUCACCCGAGUAUGCAGUCUCGACGGAUGCUAUGUUCCAUGCCCAUACACCUCAGACGUUACUGUCAUUGAAACAGAUGGUUUGUCAAGCAAUUGUAGCUUGCUCGGGACCAUAGAUCCAGCCGUACCUGAUAUUCUGCGCGAGAUCUACACCAGCGGCACUCGGUACGAGAGAACCACGAUCUCCAACUACUUCGACAUCGAGUGGCGUCAGACAACAACGCAGUACGACCGCCAGCUGAACAACGGUACGCCAGUCGCUUCCGGAAUUUACCGGCGUCUUGAGACCAUUUCGCUUCUGGAUGAUGCGCGCGCCGUUGAAGGGUUAGUUGUUGAUGCAAGGGAGGGCAGAAUUGGCUUCCGGAAUCACACUAUUCCAUCUGGCUACCCUCUCGGGGUUACGUGGACAGAAGAUCUCUUAUUCUGGGAACCCGACGUCGAGUGUGUCGACACAAACACGACAUUUGACUUUGAGAUAACAACGGGCUCUCAAACAGAUGCUGGUGUCUCGGUUUCUAAGCUUCGCCUUACCGACAGGGGCGGCUUUGUCAACAUCAAUACGACUGCUCCGUUGGAUGAUCAGCGCAACGGGGUCAACCAGCCCGACCUGAACACGAGAGCGUACCAGGCUGCGUGGGCUACUAAUGCUUUCUCCAUGAUGUUCAUGAACAUCUCAAAUGCCGGAGAUCAAGACAAGAAUGUUGAGCCUUUCGAAUACAUCAACUCGAAAAUUGGAAAAGAAUUCAAGAUGCUGACGCUGGAUAAUGACGCCACGUAUCUAACACUUGGUCUCACGAACGACUUUGGCGGCCAUCUUGCAACGAGUGCAACCAGCAACGCCGAUGAUCUAUACGGAAAUCCAUGGAAUAUUACUAAAGACCACUUUACUGGAAUUAGAGAUCUAUGCCAGGGAACUCAACCUGAUGCGUCGGCCAAACUGAACCACACCUUCGUCAUAUGUAAUCUCAUCAGAGGCACCCCGCAAAGAGUUGAUGGUGGUCCGGAGAACGUUUUUGACGACAAAAGUGAAUGGUCGUCUUCGUUGUAUGCCUGUGCUUCAGCUGUGAAGGCCACCGUCAAAAGCGUCACGUUCUUCUACAACGGCACAGACGCGAGGUCUGAAAACCUUGUGGUCAAGGAGAUCAAAGAAAAAGAGUACGCUUCGGAGGACGACAUGCCACUAUGGGGCGUCGAGGAUUCUCCGCUUGAACUCGAAGUGUUCCAACCCAUUUGGGGCAUCGUUGAUCCUGCAUACGACAAAUUCCAAAACAUCUCAACAGUCCGUGCCAAAUCGCUUUAUCUUCUCGGAUCAGGCUCUUUAAGCCAAGUACGAUGGGAGCUUGACCCCGGAUUUGUGCAUAGAAAUCUGCCGGCUUCGAUUGCCCCCAUCGGUGCGUUUAUAACCAUCUUCUCUUCGGUAGCCAAUAGCCUGUCUCCCAACGACGUUGUUGGCAAGACAAGUAUGAGUCUGUGGCUGAAGUGGCGGGAUUUGUCGAGGUCUGCAGACUCCGCCUCGACUAUUCUAAAACUGCUCUGGACUGACUUUGUCGCGUCGGCCGUGGUUGGAACAAAAGGCGUGCUGGGGGCAAGGAAUGCACAGCCGGAACACGCAGCGGACGUGUCUGUCGUUCCACUAGUGCACAAAAUCCGGUACCGAUGGCGAUAUGGCAUACCCGCAUUCCUACUCCUCGCGUGUAUGUCACUCAUCGCAGUUGUGGCGGCUUUGUCGCUCUUGACUGGACGGUCAAACAUUGAGAAGAUGCGUUACCGGGUGAAUCAGACGUCGCUUGGUCGUGUACUAACGACCCUAUUUGAGCCGCAGUCAAGCAAUUUUGCGAUGUCUACUGCGGAUUGGAGCAAGAACAAAGCCGAAAAGCAUACCUACUGUACCAAUUACCACUGGUAA